UAACUUACCGAACUUCUCAUUUGGUAAUUUUUCAUGGUUUACCAGCUAUUCAACCUCGCAACUUCGUGCAAGGUUGUGCUUUGUUGUUGUGUAGCGCCAUUGCAAAAGGCUGGUAUUGUUGACCUGAUCAAAUGUCAUAGUGAUGACAUGACACUAGCUAUUGGUGAUGGGGCUAAUGAUGUUUCCAUGAUCCAAAUGGCGGAUGUUGGUGUUGGAAUAUGCGGUCAAGAAGGGCGUCAAGCUGUAAUGGCUUCAGAUUUUGCAAUGGGACAGUUCAGAGUUUUGAAACGAUUGCUUUUGGUGCAUGGACAUUGGAAUUAUCAGCAUAUCAGUUAUCUGGUUCUUUAUAACUUCUACUGUAAUGCUGUUUUCGUGUUGAUGCUUUUCUGGUACAUUCUGUAUACAGCUUUUUCAACAACAUCUGCACUGAUAGACUGGAGCAGUGUUUUUUAUUCUGUUUUAUAUACGUCACUACCUACUAUCGUUGUCAGUAUUUUGGACAAGGACUUAAGUCACGAGAUAUUAUUGAAGUAUCCGAAACUCUAUGCUGCAGGGCAUCGACAAGAGAGCUAUAAUAUGCCCCUCUUUUGGAUCACUAUGCUUGGCAUGCUUUGGCAGAGCCUUGUUCUCUUCUACAUACCCUUGUUUACCUAUAGGGAUAGCACGAUUGACAUAUGGAGUAUGGGCAGUUUGUGGAUAAUUGCAGUUGUUAUAUUAGUCAAUAUGCAUUUUGCAAUGGACAUUCAACGCUGGGUUGUUAUUACUCACUUCUCAUUAUGGGGAUUGAUAAGUGUUUCUAUGGAAAAGAUGGAAUUCAGAAGAAAAGAGCCGUUAGCUUAA